AUGAGGAGGUGCACCACCAUGAUGAAGGCCCAGCUCGGAGCCCUGUGUGUGCUGCUGUGUGUGGGGAUGGGACAGGGACACACUCUCUGGACUCUAAUCAGCACAGAUCAGAGGAGACCUGCCUCUCCACAGCCGGAGCUCCAGAGCCGAGGGGCAGCAGCUGCAGGUGAAGCCCAGUCAGAGAGCUCUGUCCCUGUGGUGCCUGUCCUCGGUUACCCCUCUGUUAACCCUGGACCUUCUGGUCCCCGGUCUCGCCGCUCCCCUCUGGACCCCCCAUGUGCUCUGAGGUCUGUUUUGGUCCAGGUCCGGGACUUGGGUUUGGGGUACGAUUCCGAUGAGACGCUGCUUUUUAAAUAUUGCAGCGGAGCUUGUCCUCAGCUCAGGUCAAACCACGACCUGGCCCUGAGCUCUCUGCUGCAGAGCACACUGCUGCCUGAGGGAGGUGCUGCUCUGAGCGGGUCCCGGCAUUACGCCCCCUGCUGUCGCCCCACACACCAUGAGGAUAUGGCUUUCCUGGACAACAAACAUCGUUGGCACAAAGUGGAGGCACUGUCUGCAGCGGGCUGUCACUGUGUGGGAUAG